GAGCAGGGAGGCGGUGCUGCUCUCCCAGGAUGGAGGCCUGGAUUGCCGCGCCCCGCCGCGCCAGCACCCGUGCCCCUCUGCUUCUGCCCCUACUGCUGCUGCUGCUGCUGCUGCUGUGGAGACCCCCAGGCUGCUCAGGCACGCUUGACGCCUCAGAAGCACCCGCUGUAACCAUUUCGGCCAUCCAGGACAAACCCAGCGUUACCUGCACCCUCAGCACCAGCUGUUUGUCAGACAGUCCUCCAGUACGCCAGCUUGGCACCCAGACCUCACCCGAGACUACGGUCCAGGUGUUACCUUCCUGCGGUAUCUCCAAGGAGCGGGACCCUACCCUCAGGGACCCAGAGGCCAUGGCCCGGCGGUGGCCGUGGAUGGUCAGUGUGCGGGCCAACGGCUCUCACAUUUGUGCUGGUACCCUCAUUUCCUCCCGGUGGGUGCUGACCGUGGCCCACUGCCUGAUCAAGAAGGACGUCCACUACACGGUGCAGAUGGGGGCCCCGUGGUUGAACCGGGAGGCAGACACCAUCUCUGAAGUCGCCGUGACCCAGGUCAUAGUGAACAGCAGGUUCCGGGCCCAGCGAUACUGGUCCUGGAUUGGCCGCGCCAAUGACAUCGGCCUCCUCAAGCUGCAGCGGGCCUUCGUGUACAGCAAGUACAUCUGGCCCGUCUGCCUGCCUGGCACCGACUUCGCUGUGAAGGAGCAGAGAGUGUGCACCGUGACGGGCUGGGGGCUUUCCAGGGCCAACAGCACGUGGCCCCAGUACCAGACCAUUCAGGAGAAGGAAGUCACCAUCAUGAGCACCAAGGAGUGCGAGACCUUCUACCACAGGUUCUCCAGAAUGCCCAGGGUGGUUCGCAUCGUCAACCCCCAGAUGCUGUGUGCUGAGGACAAGGACAGGGAGGAGUUCUGCUAUGAGGAAUCUGGCGAGCCCCUGACCUGCCUCUCAGGGGGCACAUGGUACCUUCUGGGGAUGGUGAGCUGGGGUGCAGGCUGCAAGAGCGAGGCUCCGCCCAUCUAUCUGCAAGUCUCCUCCUACCACCAGUGGAUCUGGGACAUAAUCAACAACCAGCAGCCCGGGAGCCCACCUGCCCCCUCCAGGGCCCUGCUGCUGGCACUCCUGCUGCCUCUCAGCCUCCUCCCUGCACUGUGUCACUGA